CGACGAGCUCGUCUUCUUCGCCCCGCCGCCUCAAGCCACCCAAAACGCCAACCGGGAUUUAGUGUGACUUUUACAGUUGCACUACCGACCUCAAACUCUUCCCUCGCCCACCAUGAUCAUUUCGAAGCAGAACAGGCGCGUCAUCUACGAGAACCUCUUCAAGGAGGGCGUGAUGGUCGCCAAAAAGGACUUUAACGCACCUAAGCACGAGGAACUCGACGUCCCGAACCUUGAGGUCAUCAAGGCUCUCCAAUCCCUGACCUCCAAGGGCUACGUCAAGACUCAGUUCUCUUGGCAGUGGUACUACUACGUCCUUACCCCCGAGGGCGUUGAGUACCUCCGUGAAUGGCUGCACCUCCCUGCGGAAGUCGUCCCCGAAACACACCGCAAGCCCGUUCGUGCUCGUCCCGCCCAGGUCCGCCCUGGUGGAGGUGACGGUGCCUACCGCGCACCCCGUGGCGACCGUGACGACUACCGUCGUCGCGACGAUGGUGGAAAGAAGGAGGGUGCACCCGGGGAGUACAGGCCUCAGUUCGCUGGUGUCGGCCGUGGUGCUCCCAGGGAGUAAACGUCUCACACUCUCGACGUUGUCUUUCCUUCCACCACUUUUUCGGAACGGGGCAUCGGGUACGGGUCGGGUAUAGCGUGUGGGGUGAUUUGAGUGACGAGGCUAGAGUUCGGGGGGCGCACUAUGAUUAUAUGAUUUCAUCGAACCUAUCCCUUUGGUGGCUGUCCUACUUUGUUUCUGUUGCUCCGUUGCAAAAGUGUAUGAUCCCCUUCUACCGCACGCACUCAUCAUCUCAUGCACGACCUCGACUAUGCUAUGUUUUGUUUUCGC